AUGCAGAUUCCGGUUAUUCUUGUUUUAUUGAUAGUUUUUAUAGAGAAUAGUAUUCUUAUUCAAAUCGAAGAUGGAAUAACUUUUCUCAAUCGUUCUCAAUCUAAACCUGAUUCGGAUGGUUUUUAUCAUUUAUCAAAUUAUGAAUUUAAAUGUUUUCGACAAUUAUCAACAUGUUCAUCACAUGGUUGGUCAUUAAGAUUUAAAUUACAUUUAAAUUCAUUUAAAAUUGUUGAUCGUGAACGUAAAUAUUUAUUAUUUAGUACGGGUGCACAUGAACCUCAUGGUGAUGGAAUGUCAAUUUAUUUAUAUCAAUCAAAAAAUACAUCAUAUCUUGAAUUUGGUUUAAAAGAAUUUCGUAAUGAUCAAUUUGCUUAUUUUUGGCAAGUUGAAGCUGAUUUAGAAGUUAAUAAAUGGAUUGAUGUUGUAACAACAAUUGAACAACGUACUUCACCUUUUGGUAAACAUCAUCAAAUGACAAUAUUUUUUGAUGGUUAUUUGUAUAAAGAAACACAUGUGGAAAAUUAUACAGAAGUAUUUGCAUUUAAAUAUAGUGAAUUACAUCCAAAAACAACUGUUGUUUAUGGAAAUGAUACAGGAUUAGUUAAGUUUGAUGAAAUUAUGUAUUAUGAGAAAAUUUUAUCCGAAGAAGAAAUUGCUAAUGUACCAUCGGAUCGUGUUUCAUUGGGUUGUUUAAAAGAAAUUGAUAUGAUUCAUCAAUAUAUAAUACCAGAAAAAUAUGAUAAAUGGCAACAAUGUCGAGCGGAAUGUCGUGAACGAAGAAUGAAGAUUGCUCUCUAUUCAUCAACAAAUGGUCAAUGUGGAUGUAUUCAAAGUACUUUUGAAUUGGAUUCAUCGUUUAAAUAUGAUACAACAAUUUGUAAAUGUUCAUUAUCACAACCAAGUAAAACAUGUCGAAAUAAUGGACAAUGGCAUGCUCUAUCAGUAUCAAAUGUUAUUGAUUUAAUUGAUAGUGAAGUUGGUCUUGAAAUUAGUAUGGCUGAUUCAAGUUUUCUUACUCAUGGUCGAACAAGAGUUCAAAUAAAUGAAGGUGUUGAAAUUAUUGUUUUAAUAAAAAAUGAACGAAAUCUUGCUUCAUUAACUGUUUAUGGUGAUAUCGAAGGUCAAGAAACAGCAAAUACAAAUACAAAUUCAAGUUCAAAUGAAAUCUAUAUUACUCCUGGUGUUGUAAAUCUUUCAUGGAAAAAUGAAGGUGCAAAAAAAGUACAAUUUCGUGCUGAUUAUCGUCGAAUGGUUAAUUCUGAAAUGGCUGAAUAUCGUACAGUUUAUGUUGAUGUUGUUUAUAUUAAAACAGAUUUAGCAUUACAAUUUGUUCAUCUUUCACCUGAUAAUCGUGAUGGUGAUACAUAUCAAAAUUUUACUGUACAAACAUUUGGAAGUGUACCAAUUAAUUGUACAGUUGAUUUUGGUGAUGGAAAUCGUCAAACAAAUGGUACAAGUCGUCAUCAAUAUUAUACGGCUUAUUUUGCUCGAAAUUAUACACAAUAUGGACAAUAUAAUGUAACUGCUCGUUGUUAUAAUGAUCGUAGUUCAAAUACAACAAAAUUAUUACGAACAGUUCGACGAGAAAAAAUGAAUAAAAAAAUGAUUAUUUAUAAAGAUCUUAUGGAAGCACCAACAGCAAGUCGAUUUAAUUUAAUAUCACGUGAAGAUUAUUCAUUUCGACAUGCUAGUUGUUUAUAUUUAAAAAAUAUGAUUACAAAUGAUAAAAUGAAAUUAAUUUGGAGAAAAAAAUCUUUAGAAAUUAUUCCAAAUGAGCCAUUACCUGCCGGUAAACAUCUGUAUCAACUUGAAUGUGAUUCAACACCAUUACAAGCUUAUUAUCUUAAUAUUCAACCAGCAGUACGAUCAUUAGAUAUUGAAGCAUCACAAACAAUCAUCAAGAGUGGACAAUCAAUUCAAUAUUCUAUUACACUUGAACCAACAUUUGAUUUAACAAUUAUUUUUGAUUGUAAUUCACCUACAAUUCCAUUACAAAUUCUUCAUAUUGAACAAAUAACUGAUAUGUCACCAAUAUAUGUUGCUAAUUGUACUUAUACAAAAACUGGUCAAUAUCAUCCAUUAGUUAGUGCAAUAAAUCGUAUAAAUUUAGUUAAUCAAUCUAUACGUAUUGAUGUUGAAGAACCAUUAUCACAAUUUAAAGUUGAAAUUGAAGAUCGUCAUGAUAUCAAUCAAUUAACAUCAGUUACGAUUCGUGCAUUAGAACGUAUACCAUUUGAAGGAGUAUUUACAUUAACAAUUGUUGAUAGUACAAGUAUUAAUGAAAAAAAUCAAACACGAACUGAACGUAUACAAUUAUUAUCAUCAAAUGAUUUUACUGAACAAUUUUAUAUGAAUAUAACAACAUAUGGAAGACAAACAUUACAUGUACGUGGUGGAGAUUAUCCAACAAUACGUGAAGCACAAACAACAUUUACUAUUGGUACAGAUAUAACAACAAAACCACAAGUUUACAUUGUUAAUCAAAUAGCUUUUAUCAAUGAAGAUUUUGUUUGGGUUGAUAUACAAUGGAUUAAUGGUAUUGGUUUUGAUAUACAUAUUGAUUAUGGAAAUGUUAAAAAAGUUGAUAUACGUUAUGGACAAAUAAUAAAAAGUCAAAUUAAUCGAUUAAUAAAGAAAAAUGAUGGAAUACAUGAAAUACAAUGGAAAAGAUUAUCUAAACAACGAUUACAAGUUGGAUAUAAAUUUAAAAAAGCUGAUACAUACAAAAUUGAUGUUACAUUUACUCAACCAUCUUCAAAACUUCUUACUGCUGCAAUUAAAUGUCCAACAGUAACUAUUGUUAAUAAUAUAGUUGAACCUGAACAAACAUGUUUUCCAGAACAACAAUUUUCUUUAAGUUCUUUAACUGCUAUCAAUAAUAUAAGUUCAACAUCACCUGUACUUCUUUUACCUUAUACACUUCAACAUAAUCUUGAACCAAUAAUAAUAUCAAAUUGUUCAGAAAAUGAUUUUCUAUAUUCAUUUUAUGUUUUAUCAAUUGAUGCAUCACAAUGGAAAUAUUCUCGUACACAACGAUAUUCAUCAAGUCAACAAUCAUUUCAAGAAACAUUUCUUUCAAAUGAUUGUUCAGAAAUUGGACCAAAAUCAACAUUAACUAUGGAACCAAAAUCACUUUCACAUGGAUAUUAUUUAGCUGUAUUUACAAUUAGUUUAAGUUUAAAUCCAUCAGAUUUUCGACAAUUUAUUCAACCAAUUGAAAUUAUACGUUCAGAUUUAGAAACAACAUUUGGUGGAAAUGAAACAAUAACAAGUGAUGGUGAUAAAAUUUCUUUAGAUUUUUAUUCUUCAACAAUUGAUCCUGAUAUCAAUGAAUUUGAUCGUCGUAAAAUUAAUUUUACUCUAUUAUGUUAUCCUGAACAAAUGGAAUCAUCAAUAUUUGUUCCCAAUACAAUGCAAUUAGGUUCAUCAAGACCAACAGAAACAAAUUCACAAAAUCAUAAUAGUUGGUCAAUACAAUGGACUGAUUUUUCAUUGGUAUUACGUCGUUCAGAAUUAAAUAUUCAAAUCUAUGAAAAUCAUUGUUUUUUAUCAAAUAAAAAACAAAGAAAAAAUACAACAUCAAUUGAUUUUGAUUUAAAAACAAAGAUAUUUAAAAUUAAUGAACAAAAUUUAGAUUUUAGUAAUGGAACACUUCAUUUUUUACUUAUUAUUCGACAUUUAAUUGAUGGACGACAAUUAAUUUCACGUUUAGAAAUUGAUAAACAAACGAAAUAUGUGUUUGAUACAAUUGAUUUAGGUGCAUUAGAAGAUGCAAUGGGUAAUUUAGAUGAUUUAGCAGCAACAAAUCCAAAAAAAGCAGUAGAAUUAAUAGGAAGUUUAGCAGAUAAACUUAAUGAAAUGAGUGAUAAUUCUACUGGUGGAGAAUUAAGUGAAGAUGAUAGAAAUGCAAUGAAUGAACGAAUGGCACAAAUGCGAUCAAAAAUGUUAUCAUCAAUGGAUACAGUUUUAGAGUCAGCAGAUGAUCCAAAUAUGGUUGAUAAAGCACUUAAAGCAAGUACAACAGUGACAGCAAAUAGUGAUCAAAUGCCAUUUAAUAAUCAAGAAAAAGGAGCUAAUAUUAUUGAAAAAGUUGGUAAUAAAGUUAAAAAUAUGGAAACAGUUGAUGAUAAUACAGUUACUGGUCUUGCUACAUCAUUAAUGGAUGUUGGUGGUAAUGUUCUUCAAGCUGCAUCAAAAUCUGUUUCAAAAGAUAAAACAAAUGAUCCAGCUGCUACUAUUGCAAAUCUUGAAGCAGAAUUGAAAGAAACAGAAAAUGAAGAAACUGAAACUAAAGUUUUAUAUGCCCCAACAAAAUUUUAUGAUGAUUGUGAUGAAUGUGAUACAUUACCUGAAGAACGUUGGGAAGCAUAUCGACUAAAAUUAGAAGAAGAAAAGAAAGCAAUUGUUGCAGGACGAGAACGAGCUUCACAUAUUGCUAAAACAAGUUCAAAUGGUUUAUUUACUGUUGGUGGUGUUUUAGCUAAUCGUUCAACUGGAGAUGAAGCCAAAACUAUUGAAAGUAAAACAAUGGCAAUGACAUUUACAAAAGCAUCUCCCGAUGGUAAAUCAAGUUUAUCAGCUGGUGAUACAAGUAUACGUUUACCUGGUUUCAAUGAUUUAAAUUCGGGUCCAGAUUCUUCUAAUGUUUUUACUAAAGUACUUGAAUCAAAAGAAAAUCCAUAUGCAAGUGCACAUGGAGAUUCAAAUGUACAAGGAAGUGUUGUUACUAUUAUUUUAUCUCGACCAGAUGGAUCUGAAAUGCCAAUACAAAAUACAACAAAACCAAUAUCAAUUCGUUUAACAAGACCCGUUGAUAAACAACCACCAUUUCAAAUACAUGACUCACAUGGAACAACAUUUCGAUAUCAUAAAAUGAAUUUACCUGAAAAUCAUAUGACAUUAUCUAUUUAUGUUGCACCAAAUUCUUCACCUAUGGAUACAUAUGCUGUUUAUGUAUCUUAUGGAAUUAAUGAAACACUAUUAGAACCACCAACUGAAUCAAAAUUUGAUUUACUUUUUGUUUUACCAAAUAGAACAAUUCUGUCGGACGUUAAUUUAGAUGAUGAAUAUGAAAUAAGACAUACAAUUUUUAUGCCACCUAGUGUUCAUUUAGGUAAUGGAACUUAUAUAUUUGGUGUCAAAUUAUUAAAUGCAAGUACAAAUAUGAAUAUAACAGAAUAUAAUUCAAGUUAUAUAGUCAAUAUGUAUGUAUCAAAAUGUCAAUAUUGGAAUGAAAAACAAUUUGUUUGGAGUUCUGAUGGAUGUGAAGUUGGAUCUUCAACAACAUUAAAAUCGACGGAAUGUCUUUGUACACAUUUGACAACAUUUGGAAGUGAUUUUUAUGUGCCACCAAAUACAAUUGAUUUUAGUACAGUUUUUUCAAAAUUCAAAACAUUACACGAAAAUGCUGCAGUAUUUAGUACUGUAUUAAUUAUUUUUGGUUUAUAUAUUAUUGCAGCAGUUUGGGCAAGAAGAAAAGAUCGACAAGAUUUAAUUAAAUGGACAGCUGCACCACUUGCUGAUAAUCUUCCAAUUGAUAGUUAUCAUUAUUUAAUAACAGUCCAUACUGGUGUUGGUAAAGAAUCUGGUACAACAUCAAAUAUAAGUUUUGUUAUGUGUGGUGAAUCAGCUGAUAGUGGUGUACGAAAAUUAUCGGAUGGAAAAAUUCAAGAAUUUAAAUCUGGAAGUGUAAGAAAUUUUGUUAUGAGUGUUGAAGCACCACUUGGUCCAUUACUUUAUGUUCGUGUUUGGCAUGAUAAUUCUGGUGGAAAAGGCAAAGCAUCUUGGUUUUUAAAUAUGGUUAAUGUAUUGGAUUUACAAAGUGGAGAAAAAAAUCAUUUUAUUCUUGAUAACUGGUUGGCUGUUGAAAAAGGUGAUGGUCUCGUUGAUCGUGUUAUACCAUUAGCAACAGCUAAAGAAUUAAAAAGUUUUGCACAUUUAUUUACACAAUCAGUUAAGAAGAAGUUUAGUGAUGGUCAUUUAUGGUUUUCAGUAUUUUCUCGACCUGUUCGAAGUAAUUUUACACGUUUACAACGUAUAUCAUGUUGUAUAUCAUUACUCUUCUGUACAAUGAUAUCAAAUGCAAUGUUCUAUCGACAAGAUACACAAGCAACCAAAACAAAAGCUGGUGUUUUAAUGAAAAUUGGUCCAAUUGAAUUUACAUUAACACAACUAUGGAUAAGUUUUAUUGGAACAUUAAUUGUUUUACCAGUUAAUUUAAUAAUUGUUACUUUAUUUCGUAAAGCAAAAUAUAGUCAAAAAGCUUUAGUAACACAUCAAAGACAAGAAACAAAACGACGAAAUAAAUUAAAUGAAAAAGAUGAACAACAUGAAAAAACAUCAAGAUUUUUUUCAAGAUCAAAAUCACGUUUAACACAUUCGAAAAAUUCUAAUGAAGAUGAUAUUGAACGUAUUGGAGCAAUACCUUCAAUUGAAGAUAAAACAAGAACAUUUCCACAUUGGACUAUUUAUAUUGCAUGGGGAUUGGUUACAUUAAGUAUUCUUACAUGUUCAUUUUUUAUUAUUUUAUAUUCAUUAGAAUGGGGAGCUAAACGAGCUAAUGAAUGGUUAAUAACAAUGAUGCUUUCGUUUGGUCAAUCCAUACUUGUUAUUGAUCCAUUUAAAGUAUUUCUUGUAACAGCAAUUAUAAGUUUUCUUAUUCGUCGACCAUAUGAUGAUGAUACACUUGAUUUUAAUGAUCCAUUUACAGGUGCAUUAGUAUCAAAUAAUAAUAUGACAGAAACUGAUAAUUAUGAUAUUUUUAAUGAUACAAAAAUUAAAGAUAUAGCACGUCAACGUCGUGUUCGUUUAUUUGAUUUACGUCCUAUUGAUUCAAGUGAAAUGUCUCGUGCACGUGAACAACGUUUACGUGAAAUAAAAAUGGGAGAAAUUAUUCGUGAAAUUGUUGUUUAUGUAUUUUUCACCAUGGUUUUAUUAUUUCUUUCCUAUCAAGCACGAGAUACAAAUUCAUAUGGUUUAUAUCGUGACACAAAAAAUAUGUUUGUUACAUCUGAUUUUCAUGAUGUUAAUUCAAUUCGUACAUGGUGGGAUUAUUGUGAUAAUGUUUUAUUAAAAGGACUCUAUGCUCAAACAUGGUAUAAUGAUAAAAAUUUAACAUGGAGAGAAAAAUUAACAACAGGAAGUCGAGUUUCAAUGCGUGUUGGUGCACCAAGAAUUCGACAAUUACGUGUCAAAGAAAAUAGUUGUCGAGUUCAUCGUCGUGUUAAACAUGUUAUAAAACAUUGUCGUGAUGAUUAUAAUUGGUUUGAUGAUGAUACUAAAGAUUAUACACCUAAAUGGGAACAAGUUUUAAAUAAAACUGCAGCUAAAAUGACUGAUGAAAUGAAUAAUGGUUCAAAACGAUGUAAAACACCAUGGUGUUAUCAAAGUAGUGUUCGUACAAAAAGUGGUCCAAUGAAAGCUCUCUAUAAAACAUAUAAAGGAGGUGGUUAUGUUGUAUCAUUAGGUCGAACAUAUGAAAAAGGUCGAUCAAUUCUUGAAGAUCUUCGUUCACAAAAUUGGCUUGAUCAAUUAACACGUGCAGUUAUUAUUGAUUUUAGUCUUUAUAAUGCCAAUGUUAAUCUGUUUAUUUCUGUAACACUUUCAUUUGAAAUGACAUCAAUGGGUUCAAUUAUACAAGAUCAUCAAAUAAAAAUCUUUCGUUUAUAUGAUCAUAUUGGUGGUUAUGGUAUGCUUGUUUAUCUUUUUGAACUUUUAUUUGUUAUUUUUACAAUUUAUUCAACAAUACAUGAAAUUAUAUUACUUGUUAAACAAAAACGAGCAUAUUUUGAUAAAUUCUGGAAUGUUAUUUCAUUUAUAACAACAGUAUUUAGUCUAGCAGCAAUUAUAAUGUAUGGAACAAAGAAAACAUUAACAAGAUUAGCUAUUCGAUCAUUAAGAAAAAGUGAAAUGGGUGAAUUUGUUAAUUUUAAUGCAAUUGGAAGUUUUGAUGAAGUUUAUUCAUAUAUUGUUGCAUUAAUAACAUUUUUUACAAUGUUGAAAUUUUUGAAAUUACUUCGAUUUAAUAAACGUAUUGGAAUGUUAUCAAAAUCACUUCAUUAUGCUCGACAAGAUUUAAGUUCAUUUGGAUUUGUUUUUCUUAUUUUUAUGAUUGCAUAUGCAAUUAUGGGUUUUGGUGUUUUCGGUCGUUCAUUACAAUCUUAUAAAAGCUUUUUUACUUCAUUAACAACUUGUUUUCGAAUGCUUUUAGGUGAAAUAAAUGCACCUGAUAUGUUUGCUGUCAGUCGACUUUAUGGAGCAUUUUAUUUUCUUUCAUUUAUUAUACUUGUCUUUAUUGCAUUAUUAAGUAUAUUUUUAACAAUUUUAAAUGAUUCAUUUGCACAUGUUAAACGAGAAUUAGCUGCAACACAACAAAGAAAUGAUAUGAUGGAUUUUAUGUGGUCUGCAUUUCGAAAAGUCGCUGGAGUUAACAAUAAAAAAGUAAAUGAAGAUGGAGAUGAUAAAAUGAAACAUGAUAUGACAACAUUAUUUGGUUCAAUUGAUAAGAAUAAUGAUGCACCAUUGGCUAAAUUUGAUGGUGAUGAUCUUUAA